AUGGCUACCUUAAGUGAGACUCGCUUACAACAGAUGACAAUGCUCAAACAAAAAUCUUGGAAUAAUUGGUUGGUGGAGGGUUCAAGUAACUCCAGUUUUUUUCAUAAUAGUAUUAGAAUUAGGAAAAGCUCUAAUACAAUUUCGGAACUAGUUGACUCGAAUGGGACUUGUAUUACAUAUUAUGAACAACUGCGUGAUCAUGUUGUUCAGUACUACGAGGACAAGUUCAAUGGGCAAGAGCUGGAUAAUGAAGGUGAUUUAUUCGAUUUUGAGCAUGAUUCCGUAUCUGUUGAAGAGAGCAACGCUAUGGACAAGAUACCUACUCCGGAAGAAAUUAAGCAAGCUGUUUUUGAUUUGGGAUCGGAUAGUGCGCCAGGGCCGGAUGGAUUCUCUGGUUGUUUCUAUCGUCAUUGCUGGGAUAUUAUUCAAGAAGAUUUAAUCAAGGCCAUUCUUCAUUGUUGGAAUUCUGGUCAUAUUCCAAAUGGUGUUAAUUCUUCUUUAAUCAUUUUUCUUGCUAAGGUAAGGGGUGCUAAUACUCUUCGCAAUUUCAGAACAAUAGGUCUUAGUAAUUUCUUCUUCAAAAUAUUUACUAAGAUCUUAGCUACUAGACUUGGUAGUGUUUUAGAUAAUCUUGUGUCUGAAGAGCAGGUUGCCUUUAUGAAAGGGAGAAAUAUUCAUGAAAAUAUUAGUUUGGCGUCGGAGAUGGUAAACGAGCUUCAUUUUAAGCGCAAGGAUGGCAACAUUGGUAUUAAGCUAGAUAUAUCUCAAUCUUUUGACACGACGUUCUUAGCAGAAAUAUUACGAAAAAUUCGUGAUAAAAAGAUGACUCCUAUGGUUACAAGAGGUGGUGUUUCUCCAACCUAUCUUUUCUUUGCUGAUGACAUUAUGAUAUUUUGUAAAGGUAAUUCAAAAAGUCUUCAUAAUCUUGUGGAUUUAUUGGGUAAAUACCAGCGCGCUUCAGGUCAGACUGUUUGUCAUCAAAAGAGUAAGAUUUAUUAUGGUGGUGGUUCUUCGAGUUGGUGUACAUAUCUUGCAAAUUAUUUGGGGAUGAGCGUAGCCACUUUUCCAGAUCGCUACUUGGGUGUUCAAAUUAUGCCAGGUACUGUUCGUUACCGUCAUAUUUGCAAUGUCGUUGAAAAGAUUAAAAAUAAGCUUGCUGGUUGGAAAGGGAGAUUAUUAUAUUUUCAUGAUCGCAUUGUUCUUGUUAAAACUGUUAUUUCCAGUUAUUCCAUUCAUAAUAUGGCAAUUUAUAAUUGGCCUCGCAAGUUCAUUCUUCAAUGUGAGAGGGCAAUUCAGAAUUUCAUUUGGUCUAGUGAUUCGAAUGUUAGUCGAGCUGUGGUGGUGGCUUAUGAUAAAAUCUGUUGCCCUUAUGAGGAGGGGGGUCUCGGAAUAAAUCGUAUGGCUACUAUGAACAAGGCACUUCUUAUGAAGCUUUGGUGGAAGAUUCGUAUUUCUAAGAAGAAAUGGGAUUUUUAUCUGAAGGCUAAGUUUUUUUAUCGUAAUGGGAGCAUUAAGAAUUCGGGUGUUAAAUCUACCAUUUUGCCUGGCGUGAGGAGUGUGUAUAAUCUGGUGGAGAAAAAUACUAAGGUUUUGAUUGGAGAUGGUAGGGAUACUUCUCUUUAUUAUGACAUUUGGUAUGCUAAUAUUAGUAUUUCAGAGGCUCUAAAUGAUUACACACUAGAUAACACAGUGCGUGUUAGUGAUGUAUUGACUGAUGGCCAGUGGGAUAUACCUUAUAUUCAUUUGCAACGCAUGGUGGCUGCUGGUCUGGAGAUGCAUACGAUGCCAAUGCCAAUUGGAGGAGCAGAUACUAGAGUCUGGAUGCCGGAGUUGACAGGUGAGUUCAGUGUAAAAUCUGCUACUUCCCUUGUUCGACAUAAAUAUCCCAAUCUGAAGGGUGAGAAGCUACUUUGGAGAAAAGAAGUUCAUCUAGUCCUUACGGCUCAGAACUGGAAAUUCUUACGUGGUGCUUAUGCUACAUAUGAUCUUAUCAAGAGCAGGUUCAAAAAAUUUCUUGCUAAUAAGUGUUGCAUAUGUGGUAUUGAAGAAGAGACGCUUUUUCAUGUGAUGUAUGAUUACAGCUUUGCUGCAAGAGCCUGGAAUUGGCUUGCUGAUUUUUUUAACUUACAUCCUAAUGCUAACCUUGUUAUUUCUUUUAAGGCAUCCAAAGGCAGAAGCCCAAUGGUGCGUGAUCUUUGGCUUGUCGCCAAUCUGGUGCUAAGGAGUGUUAAGUGGCAGCAACCUGUGGAGUGUUUUUGGCAUCCGCCUGAUGCUAAUGAACUUCAGUUAUGUUGUGAUGGUGUUGCGAGAGGUAAUCCAGGAAUUGCUGGUGCUGGAGUAGUGGCUAGAGAUGCGCAAUGUUCAGUUCUUGGUGCUAUGAGUAUUGGUCUUGGUGUUACGACGAAUUACUUAGCAGAAUUGUAUGGCAUUAUUGUUGGUUUGGAGUGGGCUAUGCAAUGGGAUUUUGAUCGUAUUUGUGUGCGUUCAGAUUCUAUGGGAGUGGUGGAAGCUAUCAAAAAUAAUUCAAUUCCUUGGUUUGCAAAGAAUAGAUGGACGGUGAUUUUUAGACAUUAUACGUCUAUAAGAAAUGUGAUGGACGUCGAACAUCUUUUAAACAAUCCUAACGAGAAUGAUGCAGUUAUGGAGUCUCCAACAGACGAAGAAAUUAUUGAGUCAGUGAUGAAUAAUGAGAAUGAUCCCGAACCAGAUGAUAGUAGUGUCGUACCAAAUGUGUCAUCUAAAGAUGCUUUUCAAGCGAUGGUCACUUAA